AUGGAUGGGGCCCACAGUGCAGGCCUGCAGCUGCAGCCACUCCCGACUACCAGCAGCUACAUGAGCCUGAGCAGCAGCAAGGGCUCCUUCUCCUACAAGGAAAACUUGAUUGGCGCUCUCUUGGCAAUUUUCGGUCACCUUGUGGUCAACAUCGCCCUUAACCUGCAGAAAUACUGUCACAUCCACCUGGCAGGCUCCAAGGACCCCAGGGCCUACUUUAAGACCAAGACAUGGUGGCUAGGACUGCUUUUGCUGCUGCUGGGAGAACUGGGUGCAUUCACCUCCUAUGUCUUUGCCCCGCUGUCGCUCAUCAUGCCCCUCAGUGCCGUCUCCAUGAUAGCAAGCGCCAUCAUUGAAAUCAUAUUCAUCAAAGAAAAAUGGAAACCUAAGGACCUCGUGAAGCGCUAUGUCUUGUCCUUUGUUGGCUGUGGUUUGGUGAUUGUGGGCACCUACCUGCUAGUGACAUUUGCACCCAACAGUCACGAGAAAAUGACAGGCAAGAACAUUGCCAGGCACCUCGUGAGCUGGCCUUUUCUCCUGUACAUGCUGGUGACAAUCGUCCUGUUCUGCCUGCUGUUAUACUUCUACAAGGAGAAGAACGCCAACAGCAUCAUCAUGAUUCUCCUCCUGAUUGCCUUACUUGGUUCCAUGACAGUGGUGAUGGUCAAGGCUGUGUCAGGGAUGCUGGUGCUGUCCAUCCAAGGCAACUUGCAGCUGGACUAUACAAUCUUGUACGUGAUGUUUGUGUACUAUCAGGCCACGUUUUUGAGUUGAGCCUCUC